UAUUUGUACGCUUGCCACUCUCGGUCACACUUAAAUGGACACCAUGAGCUCAAAAUGUUGCAAUUAAGAGGGAUUUAUAAAUUGGGCACUACGCUACGUCAGCGCCAAUUUCACACCGGCAUAGCGAGACUUAAGCGUCGCAAGACAGCUGAGGAGAAGAAAUCCCCUCGAAUUAUAGAGUACUCUCCGAAGAAGUUGCAGGCAAGCAAUGUGACAGCAACACACGGCGCCAUCGACAUCUGGCGAUAUAUGAGCGUGUCUCAGCUGGCAAAGACACUGCAACGGCCGUUGGACGAUGUGCAGGAGGCGAUGUUAUAUGUGCCUGGCGCUGACAACAUCGAGGCAGCCGCCAAGCUGGAGGAUCUGAAGAUCAUUCAGGAAAUCGCCAAGAAGUUGGGCGCCAAAACACGAGUUGUCGCCGCACCGGAAGCGAGCGUCGAGGAUGAGCACAAGGAUCGUGAUGUCUUACCUAGGCCACCGGCAUCGCCGGAGCUGCUCAAGCAACGGCCGCCGGUGGUGACGGUGAUGGGCCAUGUGGAUCAUGGCAAGACAACACUGUUGGAUUCGCUGCGCGGCGCUGAUGUGGCCGCUGGUGAGGCUGGUGGUAUUACUCAGCAUAUUGGCGCCUUCACGGUCACUCUGGAGAAUGGCGAAAGAGUCACGUUCCUGGAUACGCCUGGCCAUGCGGCAUUCAGUGCAAUGCGGGCGCGCGGAGCUGUCGCCACAGAUAUAAUUGUGCUUGUCGUUGCCGCCGAGGAUGGCGUUAUGGCGCAAACACGCGAGGUCAUUGAGCUCGCAAAAGGAGCACAGGUGCCCAUAAUCGUGGCAUUGAACAAGAUUGACAAACCCGAAGCGAAUAUUGAGAAGAGCAAACGGGAACUGGCCCAAAUGGGUCUGACGCUGGAGGAGCAAGGCGGCGAUGUCCAAGUCAUCCCGAUUUCGGCGCUGAAGGGCACAAACUUGCAGCUGCUGGCGGAGGCUGUCAGCACACAGGCCACGCUGAUGGGGCUAAAGGCAGACACCACUGGCCUGGUUGAGGGCAUUGUAGUGGAGUCCAAGACCGAUCCACGUCGCGGCAAACUAUCGACAGCCAUUGUCACGCGUGGCACAUUGCGUAAGGGCUCGGUCUUGCUGAGCGGAUUAGCCCAUGCUAAGGUGCGUGGCUUAUUCGAUCACAAUGGCCAGCCACUAACAGAGGCAGCGCCGGGCACGCCCGUGGAAAUAUUGGGCUGGCGAGAACUCCCGCUAGCUGGUGAGUUAAUACUGGAGGUGGAGACGGAGAGAAAGGCGCAUGCAGUCCUUAAAUUUCGCGAACACCAGGCACAGCAGGAGAAAGUCGAGUCGAGCAGCGAUGAGAUUCGUAAGAAAGAGGAGGAGCAUCAGGCAAAGUACCGUGCAGAACGUGAGGCUCGCCGCCUGGCCGGACGCUUCAGAAUGCGACGCGGUCAGCGAGUUAAACAGGUCGAUGAGAAUGAUGGCAGUCCGCGCGUGAGUGUUGUCAUCAAGGGUGAUGUGCAUGGAUCUGUGGAGGCCAUUUUGGAUGUGCUAGAGACCUACAACAGCAACGAUCGCUGCCGCUUGGAUAUUGUGCAUUAUGGCGUGGGCAAUGUGACGGAUGGUGAUCUGGAACUGGCGAAAGCCUUCAAUGCCAUUAUCUACGCCUUUGCCGUGGAAACACCACAGUCCAAGUUGGCCAAGGAGGUGGAUGUGAAGAGUUACAAUGUCAUUUAUCGCCUGAUCGAUGAUCUCAAGGAGCAGUUGAGUAGCAAACUGCCUUCUGUGGAGGUGGAGGAGCAGCUGGGCGAAGCCAAUGUGCUGCAACACUUCUUCAUCAAUGAGGGGCGUAAAGAGAUUCCCGUGGCUGGUUGCCGCUGCACCAAGGGUGUGCUCAAGAAAAGCCAAAGAUUUCGCCUGCUGAGAGACGGUGAGAUCAUUUACGACGGUGCUUUGGAGUCCAUGCGUCAUUUGAAAAACGAGGUGGACUCGAUUAAAAAGGAUGUAGAGUGCGGAUUGCGCUUUAAGGACAACAAGGUGUUGCCAGAGGCAGGUGACACGUUGCAAUGCUAUACAACGCACAUGGAGGCGCAGCAAACGGAUUGGGAUCCAGGUUUUUAGUAAAUUUGCCACAUGGGAACUGCUUUUAUAUUGUUGCCGUUGCAUUGUUAUCGUCAUUACAUAUAUG